GACAACAAAAUGGCGGAUCUGGAACGCAUACGACUCGUGCUGCUGGGCGGCGCGGGCGUCGGCAAGAGCUCCAUUGUGAAGCGUUUCCUAUUCAAGAGCUAUACGGACAAAUAUCGCGCCACCGUCGAGGAUCUAUACAAUCGCGAAUAUGACCUCGGCGGCGUCACGCUAAAGGUGGACAUUUUGGACACAUCCGGCGACAUGCAAUUCCCCGCCAUGCGACGUCUCUCCAUCGCAACGGCCCACGCCUUCAUGCUGGUCUAUGCAACAACAUCGGCGCCCAGCUUUCAGUGUGUCAAGCAAUGCUUCGAGGAGAUUCGCGAACAGCGCGCCGACUUUCAGGAUAUACCCAUUGUUAUUGCUGGCAACAAGGCCGACUUGGCAACCACCCACCGGGAGGUGCGGCAGGAGGAGGUCACAGAUUGGGUCUUUUGCGAAUUGCCACGACUCAGGGCCAAGGUGGUCGAGUGCUCGGCCAAGGAGGACACCAACGUGACCGAACUGUUCAAGACCCUGCUCUCCCUGUCCCGCUACCUGCCCGCCAGCAGCAGCAGCGUCGGCCCGGGCGCCGCCAGCGUCGAACCGGCGCCCAGCGGCUUUAAGCGCCGCUCCUCGGCCUAUGUCAGCGCAUCGUCCAGUCGCAACAAAAACCGCAUGAACAGCCCCUCGGUGAGCGGCGACAAGAAGUCGAGUCUCGUGGAUGCCGUCGAUGUGGCCAGCACCAGCGCCGAGGCCAAACUGAAGCCACGUUCCAGAUCUCUCAUACGCCGUGCAUCACGCAAGACCAAGCAGCAAAUCAACAACGCAUCCGAUGACUGUAAUUUGCAGUAAAUUGCCAAAAACUAAUUUUUAAUUUAAUCAUAAUACAAAUAAUAUUCAUAAUAAUUAUGAUAAUAAUGAAUGUCUGUCUGUCAAAAGUUGCUCAAUUGCAAUUAAGAUGUAUGAUGUAAGGGUAAGCGUCUCGAUAUUCUAUCAAUAUGCAGCUUGAUUACUUAUCGAUAACUCAUCGAUGAUUUAUCGAUAUUCUACAAACCAAACUCAAUUACUUAUCGAUUUCUUAUCGAUUCCUCAUCGAUUUCUUAUCGUUACCUCGUCGAUGAUGUAUCGAUAACUCAUCGAUGACUUAACGAUAACUCAUUGAUGACUUCUAUACCUCUAUACCUAUAUCGAUACCUCAUCGAUGAUGUAUCGAUAACUUAUCGAUUACCUAACGAUAACUCAUUGAUGACUUAUCGCUACCUCAUCGAUGAUUUAUCGACAACUUAUCGAUAACUAUAUUGUUGUUUACAGCUAUAAGUACAAACUUUGCUCAACUGUCCGGCAUUCUAUUUAGUUGUGAUUCAAUAUUUGAAUGGUUUAAGGGGACCAGUUUUAUUUGAAAUCAUUUUUAUAAGCCGAUAACUUUAUAUCCUUGCUUUAAAUAUGAACUAAACUCAAGCGUCAGCAAGUCUAUUUAGUUGGGAUUAAAUUAAAUAACAAGUCCUAAGGGGACCUGGUUUAGUUGUAUUAGAAUUUCGGGCAGCUUAUUGUCAUGACAAUUUCUUCGUUGUUCACAAAUUUAAAUAGCAAUUUGUUCUUGAGGGAAUUUAUGUAUAUGAAUUAUACGACAAAUUUGAAGAAUAAAUCUUGUAGUUCCUUUGAUGACAGCAAAUUAGGCUAAGUUAAUCAUGUUUUCGGUUCGGGCUAGACUUAAGCUACACAUAAGUAAAUGUUAUUAACAAUUUAAAUACAGUGUAUUCAAAUGUUUAAGCAAAUGCAACAUAUUAAUUGUCCUAGGUACAAAUCCGUGUAGUUUAUGUAGUUGAAGAAAAUGAAAAAAAAUAGAAAAAAGAAUAAUAUGAAAUGGGAAAAAAUAUAUAUGUAUUUGUUAUGCGGCAAGUUAUUUUGCUUGCGGCCCACAAAAGCUGACCUUGUUUGAGUACAAGCGAAAAGCCAGGAAAAUGUUUGAGCAAUUUAUGGCAUUUUCCAGUUAACUCUUUUUUACACUUCUUCUUCAAAGGCAGAGAAAUGCUGCACAACAAUUUAUUAUGCAAAGUGAGCUGCUAAUUAAUGUUGCCGGGCGUACAUAUAAAUAUGCAGCGCAUAGUUUGUGUUCCUUCUUAUUAUUAUUAUAAUUUGCUCUUUUUGCAUUUUUCUCAAUUGCAGUCAAAAAACAUAUUCAAGGAUAAUACAGGGUGCAUGCUAAUUGCCAAAAUUAGGAGCCAAUCAAAUAAAUCAAGAUGAAAAACUAAUAUGAAUUUUUGCAUUAAAUAUUAGAGCAUUAGAUGUUAUAUUAUAUACUAGGCUAAUGUCAUAAUCAAUAAAGCAAAUUAUAUAUAUACAUAUAUAUGUAUAUUUGAUUCCGAAUUAUUUGUUAAAACGUUGCAAGAGUUUGGUAAAUGCUAUUAAUGGGAUUUGUAAAUGAACCAACCAAUAAAUACGGCAGAUGCAAAGUGAAUUGUGAUGAAAAUAAUAUUUAAAGCUAAUGAUUUACUCAAUAGUCAAAUAGAGAUUACGAACGGGGUUAUGGCUGGGCUGGAGUUGAGGCUGACGUCCAGUUAAAUGUAAUUUUUAGCAUAAUAAGUACUACUAAAUUGUUUAUACAUUGUUAUUAAAUGUAGUUAAUUGCAACAACAAAUCUGUGCAAGAGAGAGAGAGAGAGAAGGCAUCUAGUUAAAUAGGCUAGGAAAUAUCACGGGCAAGAUAUAGCUGUCAGAUAUAUAUCUAGUAAUUGUUGUUGCGCAAAGUUUACUUAGCUAUAGGUUUUGUUAAACAUUCAAAUCAAAAUUUUGAAAUAUAAAUUUGUGUACGUAAUUCGAUUGUUCAUAUUAAAACAAAACAAAAUAACUAGAAAGCCCAACAAAAUCAAUGCCGAGUUACAGUUACUCAAAAAUAUCUACACAUAUGCAAAAUGCAAAGAAAUUGUACUUAAUUUUAAAAUAUCAACAGAAAUAAAAUAAAU